AUGCGCUGGAUGACUCUCCAGCGCAAGGCGGUCUUGGUGCUUGCGGCGGCUCUGGCGAUGCUGCCCCCACUGUUGGUAGCGGCACGCGCUGCCGCGUUGAAGCGGCGCGUCGGCCUUCGUGCGGACAGGUUUGAAGACGGCGGUGGUUUGCCGAAGCGUGUUCGGAAAGCUGUACGGCGCGAUGCAGUUCUCAAUCUGGUCCGCCCUGGCGCUGACAGCGCAUCUUUGAAACCGAGCUGUGCAGAGGAAGUGCCCGACGCUACGUGGCAGGCGGGCGUCGGUAGGUUGCUCUGCGGCGCUCGCGCCGACCGGUUCGAGUUGUUACGACGCCUCACUGUGGCCAACAUGUCCUUCGUCGCGUCGAUGCCUGGUGCCGCCGCCGGGUCCGUCCCAGAAGCGGCAGGGAAUUGGUGGCGGUGCUCAGUGGCGCGCGGCUGGCAGCUGAAGUUGACAGGGGGUGAACUUGUGAUUGCUGGCGGCCGCGCUAAGUGGCGGGGCGGCGGCUAUGGCGGCGGCGGUCGCCACGUUGUCGCUGCGACCAGUCUGAUUCCGCAGGGCGCCGGCUUCGUCCUUGGCGAGGAGAUCACCGUGUCGCAGGACAUGGUGCGAGAGGCCGGCGUCUUCGUGGAUUGGCACGCCGCAGAUUCUGCAUUCGUGGCCCGGGACCCGCCGGUCAUGUACUCAAUGGAAACAGCGCCCGCUCCAGUGAUCUCCGAGCAGGCGCUGCCGCCGCUACCCCAAGACCAUGACAGCGCCGUCGGCGCUGAUAGGUUGGACGUUCUGGUGGUGCUGCCCCAAGCCGCGUUGGCUGCUUGCGCGGCUGAGGGCCACUCGCCGACGAAAUGCGGGCAGAGCGAUGUCAUGUGGGUGCUGGAUGAGCCCGUCCCCCGAGCCAUCCGGAAGGCAUUCUAUCAUUGCGUGGCUUGCAGGGACGCCCCGCGCGGGCCAGACGGGGAGCGCCUGCGCCGAUUCCGGAAAGUCCCAACCUUGGCAGACGUCAACCAGUAUUUCCCGAAGAUGGAAGGCAUGGACGCCGUCUUCCUUGCGGGGCAGACUUACUACACCAUCUGGUUUUUGAUCGUCCUCGCCUCGCACUUCGUUCUCCGGCCACAAAUCACCGAGUUGAAGACUUGGUUGGCCGAGCGAUGGGGCCUUGCGACUGUGGGAGUGGCUUUCAGCGGUUGCGCUGUGGGCCGCGCUGAGCGCCCCGACCGGGUGGAGGAGAUCGGCGCCGCUGAAGUACCGUGGAUUCUGGACGCCCUACGUGGCCACGAUGUGCUCGUCGGCUUGGUCGAGCGUUUCGUGAACUGCUUCCUGGACGGCCUCUGCGAGAAGAUUGAAAGUGAAGCGUGGUUGGCAGAUGGCGCCAUAUUCGGCGCAGAUGUCUGUGUGAAACUUGCGAAAGUAGUUGUCAAUUCAGUCCGGGUUCCAUCGCGGAAAGGGGGCAAAACCCGCGCGGUUCGGCUCUACACUGGCGUGUUGCUCCAUGUUGGGGCCCGGGGCAUGCUUCUGUCGGUGCCCGAGUUGAUCCGGCAGGAGACCAACCGGGCUUACAAGCUGAGCCUGAAGCCGAAGUUGGCGCGGCUGCGUCGGCAGGCAUCCGCGCUUGGAAUGCCCAGCUGCGGGCUCCCAGUGGGAGCUUUUGUAGACACCCUGGGUUUCGAAGCUGGUCUCAAGGAAGCAGUUGCCGAAGAAUUUCACGGCGUCGUCGACUGCGGAGACCCUCGUCGAUUGCUCUCAGACGGGUUCCAAGUCGGCAAGGACGGCAACCACUUGAAUUGGCAUUUCGAGAAAUACGCGCCCAAGCACAGCUGCGAUUUUCAUUUGGGGUCAGAUUGCCACCGCGACAUGAUCGCGCGGCACAACAACCCAGAUCGGCCAGGGAGCGCUCGCCGUGAGUAUCCGGGCGGCCCCUGGCAGGCCGUGGGCGCUCUGGCCGUGCACCUGCGCGCUCUGCUGGACCGCUGGGCGGGCGCCGCUCGGAAGUAUCUCCGGGAGGCUGUGGCGGGCCAGCCUUCCGAGAAGUUGUUGCGCGAGUUCGCGCAGCGGGCCGACGUCGUCAUCCACCCCGUGUGGGAGCGCGUCUUUCCCGAGGCCGCUGCCAAUCGAACAGUCAAGCGGAAGGGCGCGGUGAAAGUGCCCCGCGUAUUCGUGGAGCGCUUGGCGCACUUGCUGGACGUCGCGCUCCACGAGGCCACGCCUGCCUGGGGCUACGCGUGCGAGCAGGAGUGGACCGAGGAGGUUGAUUGCUUCCGCGCUUACUUUUCCACGGCUGUCUACACGGUGGGCCCGCCGAGCUGGUCGCAGGACGCCCGGGACCACGUGCGGGAGUCCGAGGAGGAGCCCAGAGCGGCGGCUGGCAGGCAGGUCGCGUUGGUGACGCCCGUCGUCAACAAACAUUUGGAUAAUUUGUUGACGCCGCGCAUCCGCCGCGGGCUGCAGGUCGGCCGCGAGCUGGCGCUGGUGUGCGCGCAGGCCGGCGUGCAGAAGGCAUCUGGGACGACUGACAUAGAUGCCUUGUGUCACGAGUUGGAGAUUUUGCUCCUGCGGCGCUGCGUGACGACAGUCAGCCCCGAGCGGAAAGCGAUUUACGAAUGA